GCCCCAAUUCGUUUACUACUCUCGACCUGCUCCAAUCGGAGAAAAUGUUUGAAGAAAUCUGAAUCCUAAUUUCGGAAAAAGAUUCUAGAUCUGAUCUGCCUUCAUCGUCUUCUCUGUGUGCUUGACAAUUUCUGAAUUCAAUUUGUCACUGGACCGGCUCAAGAGAUGCCGGUGGCUGCUUCUGCUAUCUAUUUCUUAAAUCUUCGCGGUGAUGUCCUCAUCAAUCGUCUUUAUCGCGAUGAUGUCGGGGGGAAUAUGGUUGAUGCCUUUAGAAUGCACAUAAUGCAAACAAAGGAACUAGGAACAUGUCCUGUGCGGCAGAUUGGGGGUUGCUCUUUCUUCUAUAUGAGAAUUAGCAAUGUGUACAUCGUGAUCGUUGUCAGCAGCAAUGCCAAUGUAGCAUGUGCCUUUAAGUUCGUUGUUGAGGCAGUUGCUUUAUUUAAAUCAUAUUUUGGUGGUGCUUUUGAUGAGGAUGCCAUCCGCAACAACUUUGUUCUGAUAUACGAGUUAUUGGAUGAAAUUAUGGACUUCGGUUAUCCACAAAAUCUUUCGCCAGAAAUAUUGAAGCUUUACAUUACUCAGGAAGGUGUACGCUCACCAUUUUCAUCCAAGCCAACAGAUAGACCUGUCCCCAAUGCGACUUUACAAGUAACUGGCGCGGUUGGCUGGCGUAGGGAAGGUCUUGCUUAUAAAAAGAAUGAGGUGUUUUUGGAUAUUGUGGAGAGUGUUAAUCUUCUUAUGUCUUCAAAAGGUAGUGUGCUACGCUGUGACGUUACGGGCAAGAUUCUUAUGAAGUGUUUCCUUUCUGGAAUGCCUGAUUUGAAGUUGGGAUUGAAUGACAAAAUUGGACUCGAGAAAGAGUCUGAAAUUAAAUCACGCCCUACCAAGAGUGGGAAAACUAUCGAGCUCGAUGAUGUUACCUUCCAUCAAUGUGUAAACUUGACCAGAUUUAAUUCAGAAAAGACUGUGAGCUUUGUGCCACCAGAUGGUGAAUUCGAGCUAAUGAAAUAUCGUAUCACUGAGGGUGUAAAUCUUCCAUUCCGGGUAUUGCCCACCAUCAAGGAAUUGGGCAGGACACGCAUGGAAGUAAACGUUAAGGUAAAAAGUGUCUUUGGUGCAAAAAUGUUUGCACUUGGAGUGGUGGUUAAGAUUCCAGUACCCAAACAAACAGCAAAAACCAGUCUUCAAGUGACAUCAGGACGAGCAAAGUACAAUGCUUCUAUGGACUGUUUGGUGUGGAAGAUACGAAAAUUUCCAGGACAAACCGAGUCAACUUUGAGCGCAGAAGUGGAGUUGAUUUCAACGAUUGCAGAAAAGAAGUCUUGGACUAGGCCACCGAUACAGAUGGAGUUUCAGGUACCUAUGUUUACGGCAUCUGGAUUAAGAGUCAGAUUUCUCAAGGUAUGGGAGAAAAGUGGUUACAAUACGGUUGAGUGGGUCAGGUAUAUAACGAAAGCGGGUUCAUAUGAGAUCAGAUGCUAGAUGGUGUAGAGACUCUUCCUUCCUGAUUACCAAAUGAGCUAAGAAGACAAUCGAGCCGCUUGCCGUUUCAGCAGAUUCCCGACUACACGGACUUGUAUUUUUGUUCAUGUUUUUGUACUAUAUAAAUGUCUACAGAAACAAUUGGAUUAUUUGUGUUGGUGAUUUGUUCUUUGGUAUGCUGCAAAAAGUGGUUUUGUUCCACAAAAUGAGGAAAUAUUGAUUUUUGUAUGAAAUAGUCAAAUGUAUAACCAACCAUUGAUUUAAUGUUCUCAUUCUAGUAACCAUCCUAUGCA